GCACAGUCGGUAGGUCAGCAAAGUAUCCGGUAGUCCUUUUGGUUCAGUUGUCCGGGAAACCCGCCAUGUAUGAGCACUUAGUGUAACCCACUGUUGUGUGGCUACAUGUAUCUUUGGUUAGCUACAUGGAGCAUGACAAGCUAGCGAGAAUUUAGACAAGAGGUAGCUGUCUUUAGCGGUGUCUUGCCACGGUUCAAUCUUGAAACGUUAAGUUAGUUAGCUCAGGCGGGCGUUAGCUAAAAUCCAACAUGACCCAAAAAGCUGCUGCUCUGCAGACGUACAACAAUGAACUUGUCAAGUGUAUUGAGGACCUGCACUCCAAACGGGAGGAGUUGAACCGUCAGAUCAAGCAGGAGGAAGAGGAGAAAGAUCGCCUGCAGCACGACAUCCGAGUCCUGUCAGAGAAGCUGAGCAGAGUCAACGAGAGCCUGGCGCAAAGACUCACUGCACGCGCCACUUUCGACCGCACCAUCGCAGAGACCGAGGCUGCGUACACCAAGAUCUUGGAGAGUUCCCAGUCUCUUCUGAGCGUCCUAAAACAGGAGGCAGGAAACCUCAGUAAAGCCACAGAGCCCCGGAGGAAGGAGCACUAAUGGUGAUGAAAGGUCACUGAACUCUCGUUUUGACCACAAUGCCACACUUGACUCUGCACUUAGCAGUUUAUACUCCACUCUGGACUGUUCGUAAUAUAUUUAAUUGAUUUACUGUUAGUUCCUUAUUCUAAUAAAUGUUUCUUAUCACCCCAUGAUUUGCUUUUUUGACAAGACGUAUC